ACAGUCACGAGGGUUUGGUUGGUAGAGACGAUGAACAUAUUACAUAUAUCCUUUGAAAACACGUGUCUUUGAUACUUUUUUCUCAACCAUGGAGGCAACCUUGUCUGUAGCCAGCACUACCACGCUAUUCUCCACUGCCGUUGGCCAUGCCUGUCGGAGUCAAUUGGCGCUCCUCCACUCCCGACGGUUUACUACCACCGCUAACACUGUGUUUCGGAGAUCACCGGGUAAGUUGGGAUUAAAAUCUCCGUUGUUUCGGUUGAGAGCUGCGGUGCCUUCCGUUUGGUGUCGAUUUGAGUGCCUUUCGAGCUCAGCUGCUUCGUUUGCUUCCCCCUCCGGUGAUGGGGAAAUUGGUGGAGGUGGAGAGGUCAACGCGAAUCCGGUAGCUGGAGGAGUUGAUGUUUCCGUUUUGUCGUCAGAUGUGAUCAUUCUUGAUGUUGGAGAUAUGAUGUGUGGAGGAUGUGCAGCAAGUGUAAAAAGAAUUUUGGAGAGUCAAGCACAGGUAUCUUCUGCCAGUGUGAAUCAUACAACAGAGACAGCAAUUAUAUGGCCUCUACCUGAAGCCAAGGCUACACCAAACUGGCAGAAAGUAAUGGGAGAACAACUUGCGAAGCAUUUGACAGCUUGUGGAUUUAGCUCUAACCUUAGAGGUGAGGCUGCGUCUGAAGGAGAGCCAUCUUAGAGAUGCAAAGGAUUCUUGUAAGAAGAACAUCAUAUUCCUUUGUGUUUCUCUGUCAAUAGGCGAGUCUUGAUGGCAUCGGUUGGUGAUGGGAAGCAAUUCCGUUAAGGAGUUAUUUUCACAUUUUCGACGAAGAAAGGGAAAUUCCAUUUCUUUAAUAACGUCGUCUACACUCUACAUUUGUACUUAGAGACGACGAUUAUAUUAAUUGAAGAAUGUUGUAGCUUGGGUACAACUUGUGUCAUGAAUGAGACCUUUCUCAAAACCAUAUAUUGUAUAAGUCAUCAAGUAUUGUACAAUUGUGUUUUGAAGACUUACCGGCUCCAAUUUUAAGCUCAACUGAUCGGGAAUCAUUGUUUAUC